CUUGGUGUGAAACCCGGAAGUUGGCUGCUGGUGGCUGGACGGUAACGGGCAGGUGAGUGGCUGCUGAGACCCACAGGGACACAGUGUGUGUAAUGUGACCGCAUUCAGUAACUGAGCGAGGUGACCCAUAGACACCCGAUAGAGUGCGGCUCCGGGUUUAUCACAGCUCGGUCACUGUCUGUGUGUGAGCCCUGCCUGGUACAACUUACUGACUGUUAAACCACAAUGCUGCCUGUCAUAUAGGAGAAUGACUACUAUCUAAUCAGUCUAAUUAACAUAUCUAACCUAUCUAACAUAUCUAAUUAAUAUAUCUAACCUAAUUAAUUAACCUAUAUAUCCUAUCUAAUCUCUGUCGAUCUGCCUAAUCUCUCUGUCAAUCUAAUCUAAUUAAUCUCUCUGUCAAUCUAUCUAUCUUUCAUUAUAUCUAUCUGUCAAUCUAUCUAACCCAGGGCUAAGCAACCUUUUAUUACCUACCGCCCACUUUUGUAUCUUUGUUGAUGGUAAAAAUUUCCUUACCGCCCACCGGUGCCGCAGUAACUAAUUUUAUAGCGCAUUUUUAUUUUUAGAAAGGAGGGUUUUUAUAUAUAUAUAUAUAUAUGUAUCUAUUUUUUUCCCCAUUUUCUAUUCAAAUUUUUUUCUACGUGUGUCUGUGAGGUGAUGUGUGUGUGUGAAAGGUGCAGUGUGUGAGGGGUUGAGUGUGUGCAAAGGGUGCAGUGUGUUUGUUUUUGUGUAAGAGGUGCAAUGUGUGUGUGAGUGGUGCUGUAUGCGUGUGAAGAGUGCAGUGUGUGUUUGUGAGGGUGGCAGUAUGUGUAUUAGAGGUGAUGAGUGUGUUUUGAGAGUUACUGUGUAUGUGUGAGGAGUGCAGUGUGUGUGUGUGGAGGGCAGUCAGUGUUAUUGUGUGAGGGGGCAGUCUGUGUUUGUGUGGGAAGGCUGCAUACGCUAUAUGCUUUGUGUAGGUGGGUGAGAUGGGAAAAUCUAUCUUAAUGUCUCCCCUUCAUUCUUGACCAUACAAACACCCUGAUUUACGUGGUUUAGAAAAAUGCAGCAUGUUGGGUACCAUUUUUUAAUACAUUCCUGAAGUGUAGUUAUUACAUUAAUAUAUACAAUAAACAUCAUACAUGGCCACUUAGACUAUACUCGAUGGACCCAGAGAGUUCUCCUAAAGCUAUUUUGUUCAUGACAGUUUGACGUUUUCUAUAUGUAAUGUUUUGUAUGUUUAUGCAUUUAUUUCGAACAGUACAGAGUUCGCUGCUGUUCUGCAAUAUGCUGUUGCAUGCAGAGAUUUCUGUAGUAGCCACUACCUCAAAAAAAAAUCCAAUAUUGGCCCUUUCAUUGAACUGGGUGAAAUGAUUGUAACUAUACGUAACGUACAUGUAAAAGCCAUGUAACAAUAUUACAUGCCUUAUAACCAGGCAGUUAAAGGGACUCUCCAGUGCCAGGAAAAUAAAUCGUUUUCCUGGCACUGCAGGUCCCCUCUCCCUCCCACCUCCCCUCCCCAGUUGCUGAAGGGGUCAAAACCCCUUCAGUGACUUACCUGAGGCAGCGCCAAUGUCCCUCAGCGCUGCUUCUGGGUCCGCCCACGCUCCUCCCUGUCACCACGUCAUCCGGCGGGGGGGAGACCUAAUGCGCAUGCGCGUUAGACCUCUCCAUAGGAAAGCAUUGAAAAUUGAAAAUGCUUUCCUAUGAGGAUUUUAGCGAUGCUGGAGGUCCUCUCCCAGCGUUAGGACGUCCAGCGACGCUAUAGCACAGAAAACCUGUGCUAGAAUCCCAGAAGUGCUCUAGUAGACAGCCACUAGAGGAGGCGUUAACCCUGCAAUGUAAUUAUUGCAGUUUAUGAAAACUGCAAUAAUUAUACUUGCAGGGAUAAGGGUAGUGGGAGUUGGCACCCAGACCACUCCAAUGAGCAGAAGUGGUCUGGGUGCCUGGAGUGUCCCUUUAAGGCAGGGCAAUGUAUUAGCAUUUUUCUAAGUGGGUCAGCAGUAGCACAACGCCUAUAGCCUUAAAAAAACUAGGCAAAGCAAAUCAUUCAAAAAAAUGUAUUUUAUUUUUUUUGGUAAAGGAAGGAGAGAAUGUUAUGCACAAAUAUGUACUUCAAAUAUGUUUUUCCCUUUUAGUUCAAGAACUUUAUGAAUUGGUAAAAUGUCUGAGUUUUCACGUCAGAGAACAAUUCUGAAUCCAGUAAGUAAUAUUUUUAUAUUUAUAACCAUGUCCGAUGCAGACACAAAAAAAAUAAAUCAUAUUUUUAUUAAAGGGACACUAUGGGCACCCAGACCACUUAAUCUUAUUGAAGUGGACUGGGUGGUGCAGUGUCCCUGUUCCCUUAACUCUGCAAAUUAAUCAUUGCAGUUUUAGAGGGUUGAGACUGCUUCUAGUGGAUUAUCUACUUGACAGCGACUGGAGGUGCUUCCUGCACUUUGACCCCGUAAACUAAUGCUGGACGUCCAGCAUAGGAAAGCUUGUUUUCCAAUGAGGAAGGCCUAAUGUGCACACGGUGCUCGCUGCACAUGUGCAUUAGGUUCCCAGAUCACGCUGACUCUGGGGCCUUUCCAGCGCCCAGGGACAUCGGUGCUGGUAGCAGGCAACUGUUUAAAGUUUUUUUUUAACCCUUUACAUGGUGGAGGUGGGGGCAGAGGGACACUAUAGUGUUAGGUUGAAACAUUGUUCAGAUUGCUGUGAGGACCUCAAUAAAUCUGGAGUCCUUUGUCACUUGUUGAUGUGUCCUGGACAGUUUCUUUUCUUUUAAAAUUCUUUAUUUUUGUGUGCAGCAUAUUACAAACAGACUUGCAAAGCCCCAACAGCCAUGUCAAACAGUAUAUGUCAUACAAGUUGUAGCAGUGCUAUGGCAAAUAGUGUAGAUGCACAUUUUUUAAGUUAUAGAAAACAUACUCAGGUACUUAGACAGUCUAAGUUUGACCAACAGUUUGAGAGUACCAUAGAAGAAGCAAUAGAAUAGGUUUGAGCCAUAAAUUGGGGGCAUAUGAUCCUGCUGUCUGGUGGGCAAAUGGUGGUAAACCUUAGGUGGUUAGCUUGGGACUACAGGUCGUGGCCUGUACUAUAGUUACACCUCCAGCACUCAGUUGUGAACGGCCUCAGGGGUCUAUGGUAUCAGAGGGGGGGGAGGGAUGGGGUGGGAUGGAAGAGCCUGGCUUAUGGCCAGGGUAAACAUGAGCAUAUCUGACCUGUGGUUUGGGCAGGUGGACCAAUAUGAAUUUAACGAGAGAAAAAAUAAAAUGUUCUGAACUAACAAAUCUAACCAACUUCGAACUGCACUUAGUGUAAGUCCCAUGCAAUUUUGGAGUGAGGCUCAGGUCGCCAUCUUUGCUUCUCAUGUUGUUGCUGCGUAUGCUUCUGGUGUCGCAUUCUUCGGGAUGAAGGGCAUGAAUGCGCUUGGGUCCCAGCAGUGAGCCGCCGAUGUCGUUGCUUGGCUGUUGGGCUGUUGUAGUGAGUCCCCUGGAAGGCUCAGACCAAAAUCUUUGGUCAGUUUGGCCAGGAGCACGGGUGCGUCGGAGAUAUCUGAGAUUGAGUGCACCCCAUCACUGAGCCGCACUUGUAAGGCUCGUGGAGAUAGCCAGCGAUAUUUGGUGUUUUGGCUUCGAAUCAGAGCUGCGAGGGGUUGUAGCGUUUUGCACCAUUGCAGCGUCUCACCGGAGAGAUCCGCGAAGAAAGAGAGAGCCAUGUUCUCACAAAGUUGUAUGAGGUAGUCCCUUUUAGAACCGUUUGUACCAUUGCCUUGUCUGCUCCUCUGCGGAAUUGCACAAUUAGGUCUCUAGGUACUAAUUCAGGCGCCUUCCUGGGUUUCGGGACCCAGGCAUCGAGCGUCUUCCAGGUGGGAAAAUCUUUGGUCGGAGGCAGCUUGUCUUUUGGUAAGUGUUUGGAUGUCUAGCCUUCUACCGCGCUUAUGCGGCCUACCAAGCCCGUGAUGUCAGUGCAGAGUAGGGCUACAUCCGCCUGUAUUGACGUUGGAGAGCUCCAAGCAUGGUCUGGAGCAAUACUUCUAUCACAGGUCUGGAGUCUCCAGUCUUGGGCUUAGUUUGAGGCUGUAACGUCGGCAUGUGUCUGCUUAUCUCUUCCUCUGGGGACAGUUUGUCCGAGUUGUCCUAGAAAUCGUCCAAGUUGUCAGCCAUCUUGGGCCCAUAUGCGGUUGGCGGAGAAGAUCUCCUAUAUUCAUGCCCGGCUUGGGUCUUUCAGGUUUUAACGUUUAGUUUUCCUGCCAAUGUUUGUUAAGGGCGAUGAGACUGCGGUUGUGAGGCUCGAAAACCGGUUAGAAUCGCCGGGAUUUGGUGUAUGUGCCUGGUGCUCAUCUAUUGUGUAUCCGCUCAGGUUAGUAGCUUGACUCCGCCCCGACAGUUAUCUUUUUGGAUUCAGGACAAAGUAGUAGAGACAGGGAGCAGCGCCAAACUAUUCUUAACUUUGUGUUUUAAGUGUUCAUUUAGGAUGGUAUCUGUAUGAAAAAGUACUGUACUAAUGUUUUACAUCUUUAGUGUGGAAGGUAAUACAAUAUUUGAUCUCUUAUUGUUCUUGUUUUUUUUUUGUGCUCUCUGUGCAGAAAGAUUUAUUUGUAGGAAUUAGUCUUUUUAAAAUGUUUUCUAACGCUAUUUAAUUACUAUAGGUUGUCCCUUAUUUGGGGACCAUUUUUGGAGGCUUGGAAUUGGGGCAGAUGGUGGUAAUUCACGGGACUGUGGCUCCUGAUGCAGACAGGUAAUUAUAAAUGGUGAAAUUGUUUUAACUAAUUAUUUACAAUUGGCCUAAAAUAUGUAUUUGCUCCGUAAGGGUGCAUUUUUUUAAAUAAAAAAAAACAUGAAAAUAUAUCUGAACACUGGUCAGAGCUAUUACAAUGGAAAAAAACAUCUUGGUGAAAGAGGUUUGUAUUAAUAGACAUAUCCGAUUCAUUGUCCUAAAUGUGCUCACAGAAAGGACUUUCUUCUAAUUCUUGGAUUUCAUAUAUUUAAUUUUACAAGAAAAUAUUUUUUGGGUUGUUACUCAUGCAGUAAGAACAUAUGUAUACUGAUAAAAAAAAAAAAAGAAAUAAAUGUAAAAGCCACAAAGGCCUAAUUCUGUGUAAGAUAUGGCUGCCCUUUAGAAGUUUUACAUAAAUGCCACCCUUUGCCACCUGAAACCGCUAUUUCUAGUUAAUGUGGUAGAAAUGUUCAUUUGGACAGUGCAUUGGUUAAAGUAUUACUCCAAACCCCAAAACCACUUGAGCUCUUUAGGAGUUAACAGAGUAUCUCCUUCUUGUGGGUUUAUAAAAGCACUACUUUUUAAAAGCUCUCAUCCUUUUAGCAUCAAAAAUAAAAUGCAAAGGAUUCACUUUCCCAGCUGUUAUUGAGACAGCCAGAUGGUACUUUUUCUGGUUUCCUUGUUGUGGCAAAACCGACCUUGCCACGUGUCCUUGGAGGGGACUGCUUGCCCGCCUCUUACCUUUAGACUAUGGCCCCUGUUCUUUUUCCCUGGUUUGUGCCUUUCUGCGGACUGUUAAAGCCAUGCUACCCCAGAUAGCUAUGCCAUGGAGCCCAGCCGUAUACUGAAAGACUGUAUGAAAGAUUUUGGCUCCAUGGCGAUUGAACUCUAUGUAUGUGAUCUGAGCGCCAUCCGGUAAUAACGUGCGCUCAGAUCUAAGCUAUCUGGGGAUAGGUAGAAUGUCUGUAUUUUAUGUAUAAAUGUAACCUUGUGUAUUUUAUUGUAUUUUACUGUCUUUUGUCUGCCAUGUGUGUAAUGGAGUUUGCCUCUGUCCUUGGAGAUAAUUGGAUUACUUCUCCAAUUAUCUCCAGGCCAGGGAGGAGGGAUUGUGAUGCAUUGUGGGUUGUAACUGUUAUUUGAUUGGUUAUUUUAUACCUCCCUGUGGGCGGUCCUGUAUGUGCAAGACUGUAAUAAAAACCAGGCUGGGUGUGCCAGCAGUGUUGUUCCUGUGUAACCCUCAAAGUGAAGUGCCGUCUCAUUCUUGGGGGGAAUUUGACUGUAUGCCGAUUGCCAGGAGUGUAAGCUGUUCGUAGGGCUUUUCCUGUUCGGCUGCUUCCAGGGUUCGUGUGUCUGCUGUUCGAGAGUUGGUGAAUACGUGCAGUUUGGAGUUCGGGAGGUUGGGGAUUGCAGUAGCUGCUGGUCUAUCUGGAAGGGGAUUAUCGCCUAAACGGUUUUUAUCCCCUUGUGAGCGAAACGGUCCGUUACACUUGUGUUGCUGCAAAGCAUGGGUACAUGUUGGCAACAACUGUAUUAAGCUUCCCCUUGCAGGCAGUGCCUGUAAGGGGAAGAGCUUUUCUCCCACCGAAAAAAAGCGUUUUUUUUUUUUUUUUUAUAUUUUCCAUUUAAAUUCCCAUCCACUUUCCUGUCUCCCUCUCUGCCCCCUUCUCAAUGAAAAGGUGCAAUCACAGGCUUCUAAUAGAGUGGUCUGCACCAUGCUCCUGGCUGAUUUCAAGAGGGGAGUAGAAGUCAGCGCUGGGAUCAUUGUCCUGCGUUGGAUCCCAGGUUAGCCAGAAUUGUUUUUGCUUUUUUUUCAGUUUGGAGGGCAAAUGAAUGUGGGGGACCUAAUUCAUAAUGUUCAAUAGGGAAAUUUACACAGAAUACCGUCCCCCCUUAAAAAGCAUUGGAGUAACCUUUUAAGGCUUAUUUCAUUUACAGUAUAUGUAUAUCAAAGCUGUUUAAAUUGAUGUUCCACACAGUGCUUUUGAGUAAUAUAACACAGUGUUUUGUUUUUUUCAGGUUUCAGAUAGACUUUCAGUGUGGCUGCAGUGUCCAGCCCCGGGCAGAUAUUGCCUUUCAUUUCAACCCUCGAUUCAAAGGUUCUGGGCACAUUGUUUGCAACACCUUGGAGAACGAAAGAUGGGGUUGGGAAGAAAGAACAAAUCAAAUGCCACUUACUAAGGGAAAGCCCUUUGAAGUUCUCAUUUUGGUUCUCCCUAGUAAAUUCCAGGUAAGCCAUAGAUCCCAUUUUUGUCCUCAUUUACUCUGACAUUGCAGGUUUUCAGGUCUUUUCUAACGCAUGUGUGUCUCUCACUUAGACCCACUUGUGGCAAUAAAAAAAAAUAGACAAUUGAAAACUGGGGACUUUCUGAAAUGUUGAGUAGGAUUUAUAAUUUCAAACCAAGCUUAUAACUGACUAGACAGAGCUCCCUGCGGCUGCACUUGUUACUGGUGUCCACAGGAAACAGAAUGUCAUUGUCAGCUUUAGUUCAACUUGCGUCUCCGUGUGUUAUGUGGUUGUAAAGUUAAUCCUCUUCAUCCGGUGCACCUAACCAGGGCACGAUUUCCAUUUGCCCUUGUAAUUUUGCAUUAUUAAAACCAGUUUACCAGUUUUGAAAAAGUAUAAACUGUAUCUUUUUAUUCUAUGAAGCAGUAUAUGGUCAGUUUUGCACUAAUUUCUACUCGAUACCUUAGUGGAUUAAUUACAAUCCCCUCUUGUGUAAAGGCCAUAUCUGUAAAAGGGAUUCUUUAAACUGGAAUAGAGUGCCCUUUUUUAAAGCAGUACAUAAAAUAUAUAAACAUGCAAAACAUUAUAAUACAAAGAUGCCUUCAAAAUCCUUCUAACACAAGAUAGAAGUAACUGUCAAACAAGAAGUUAGCUCCAUCACUUAGUUUUUUCUAACUUUUGUUUCUUUUACUUGAAACACGUCCUUGGAAAGCAGAGGAGGCAGUAAACUUUUUAAUCAAGUGCACAGUCUGUCCACAGUCAGCUGUAUUUGUAAAAUCCAAAACAUGUAACUGUUUGUUCCUGUUUUAACUUAAAGGGACACUAUAGUCACCAAAACAACUUUAGCUUAAUGAAGCAGUUUUGGUGUAUAGAUCUUGCCUCUGCAGUCUUGCUGCUCAAUUCUCUGCCAUUUAGGAGUUAAAUCAUUUUGUUUAGGCACCCUAGUCACACCCUGCAACACUUCCUAAACACUUCCUGUAAAGAGUAAUCUAAUAUUUAUCCUUUAUUGUUAAUUCUGUCAAAUUUAGAUUUUCUUAUUUCCUGCACUGUUAAUAGCUUGCUAGACCUUGCAGGAGCCUCCUGUAUGUAAAGUUCAAUUUACAGAACAGGAGAUAACAUCUUUAAAGGUAAGUUACAUCUGAUUGAAAGUGAAACUAUAUUUAUUUUAUUUUUUUACAUGCAGGCUGUGUCAGUCAGAGCCAUGGGAGGUGUGGCUAGGGCUGCAUAAUCAGAAAGAAAGUGAUUUAACUCCUAAAUGGCAGUGAAUUGAGCAGUGAAAAUUAAGAGGCAUGAUCCAUGUACUAAAACUGCUUCAUUAAGCUAAAGUUGUUUUGGUGACUAUAGUGUUCCUUUAAACUCUUAUUUGGUCAAUCUAAGUCUUGACACAAAAAAAUAAAUCAGAAAUAUUAAUAUGAGAGAUGCUAGACCCCCAGUUGCCAUGUAUUGUUCGUUACUGUCCACGAUAUCUACUUUACUUAUUGUUGGUGAGUAAUGAGAUCAACUGUUAAAAUAAAUAAAACAAUAAAAUAAAAUAAAACAACCCAAAUGCAAACCAAAAACAUUUACUUCAAGUUUUUAAAUUUGUAUUAAAUAUUCUGUAUGUAAUAUCUGUAUUGAACGAUAAUGUUACCUCUAUGUUCUGUUUAGGUCUCUUCAAAUGGCAAACACUUGCUUUUCUAUAAGCAUAGACUGGAUUUUAGAAGAAUUGAUACUAUUGGAAUACAUGGCAAAGUGAUGAUUGAAAUGAUUGGCUUUGCCUCUCAAACAGUAAGUUUUGCUAUACAUUUCCAAAUGACUCCAAACAUUUCCAAAUCUCCCUUUUUCAAUUAUGUCUGCAUGUAG